UUAAAACCAAAUUGUAAAAUUUUUCAACCUAAAAUUCGCAUGUGAUCGCGCAAUAAUAUAUACUCACAAUUCUUCAACGUUGAUUGUUGAUUAUCUAGUUCGAAAGGAAAGGGCGAUGAGCGAUGCCGAACUCCAGGAGGAGGAAAGAGAAGUAUUGCUCUCGAUUUACGACGGCGAUGCGGCUUUUAAACAGCUGACACCUACAACAUUUCAAUACAAGUAUGGCGAGGAUAACGAUAUGAAAUCAUUUCUACUGGAAAUAUCAUGGGGUACAACAUAUCCUACGCAGAAACCAACUAUCAAUAUGGACACAUUUUACAAUAAACAUAUUGUGGAAGAAGUAAAGGACAAGGUGAUGAGUCACAUAGAGGCAGAGGCUGAGCAAUGGUUAGGUAGUGCUAUGACGUAUACAUUAUUUCAGUCUGUUCAAGAGCAUUAUACAGACUUAGUGUCUAUGCAACCAGACGCAACCAUUGAUAUAAAUUCGCAAACUAGUAGAUUGAAGAUUACGGAAGAGAACCAACAGGUUGAGGAAACGGUAAAAAAAGUUAAGAAGGAACAUUUAAGUAAAGCACAAAAGCGUAGACAAUGGAAUAAAGCAGAUGGCAAAGGUGAAAAACCACGAGGAUGGAAUUGGGUGGAUAUAGUAAAACAUUUAUCACAGACUGGACCUAGAUCAGAGGAAUCUUAGUUUGAGUCAUCUAUAUCAUUUUGUACAGCAAUAAAAGGCAUGUUAUAUUUUUAUAAAUUGUUGGAAAUAAAAUCAAUUUCCUUAUCUA